GAUUAACAGAGAAUCUCCACUCCAAUCCAAAUAACCAUGCUCUCCAGGACCUUCUUCGCGAGAGCCGGAGCCAUCCAGCGCCCAGCGGGCCUCGCGCGCCUGUUCUCCUCCACCACGCAACGGAUGGACCCCGAUCUGUCUUACCAAGUCUUCAAGCCCGAGAAGGACGAAGUAAGCCGGGACCCGAUUAUUUUCCUGCACGGCCUGUUCGGCUCAAAGCAGAACAACCGAAGCAUCAGCCGCGCAUUGGCCCGCGACCUCAAAUGCGAGAUCUUCACCGUGGACCUUCGAAACCACGGCCACUCGUUCCACGCCGAGGAGCACAAUUACUCCGUCAUGGCGGAGGAUGUGAUCCGGUUCAUGCAGCAGUUGAAGCUGGAGAAGGCCGCGCUGAUCGGGCAUUCGAUGGGCGCCAAAGCCGCCAUGACCGUCGCCCUCGAAUCCCCGCGUCUCGUCUCGGCGCUGGUUCCCGUGGACAACGCCCCGCGCAACGCGCCCCUCAAGAGCGACUUCGGCAAGUACGUCCGCGGCAUGCAGGAAGUCGAAGCCGCCAGGGUCACCAAGCAGUCCGACGCCGAUAAGAUCCUGAAGGAGUAUGAGGAGUCCCUCCCCAUCCGCCAAUUCCUCCUCACGAACCUGAUCCGCUCCGAGGCGGACCAGACCAUGAAAUUCCGCGUCCCGCUCGCCGUCCUCGGCGAGUCGCUGGUCGACAUGGCCGACUUCCCGUACGCGGAGGGAGACAAGCAGUACGACGGCCCGACGCUGUUCGUCCGCGGUACCCGUAGUCGCUACGUCACGGACGACGCGGUCCCCGCGAUCAAGGCGUUCUUCCCGCAGGCGCAGAUCGCGGACGUGGAGGCGGGGCAUUGGUUGAUCUCGGAGAAUCCGGAGGCGUUCCGACUUGCGGUGGUUAAGUUCUUUAAGGGGUUGGAUUAGGUUUUAGAGUUGAA